AUGAAACGUAUCUCAAUUGACCCGCAGAGAAAUCAUCCUCCGACCCGGGACCUCCCACCCUUGACUUCCACUCCAAUCCAACUGCCUACAGCCAAGCAGACAAAGCUUCAUCCAACGAAGCCAGGAGAGGAAAAUGGAGCGCUCUUCUUUGUGGGAACUGCCACAACAAUCAUCGAGUGGGCCGGAUUAAGGAUCAUGACCGAUCCCAACUUCCUUCACGCAGGCGAUCAGGUCCACCUCGGACCUGGUGUCUCAAGUGAGCGCCUGACCGAGCCAGCUAUCGACCUGCACAAUCUUCCUCGGAUUGAUCUAGUUCUCCUCUCUCACUAUCACGAAGACCAUUUUGAUCAAAAGGUUGAAGCAUCCUUGAGACGUGAUUUGCCCAUUAUCACAACCUCACAUGCGAAGAAGCACCUUAUCUCUAAGAAACAGGACUCGUUCACAUCUGUGUAUGCUCUCGAUCCAUUCGAACAGAUCGCCGUCGACCUUGAAGGCACAGAAGGGCUUGGGCAGCCCCGACUUCGUGUGACAGGCAUACCAGGAAAACAUGUACCUUCAAAUCAAGUGAUACAGAAACUGAAUACGCUAGCUAAUGCCAUUCCACCAACCAACGGCUGGAUGCUCGAGCUAGGUUACGGCACUCCCAACAGCACAGACUUCUCAUGUGGAUAUCGAAUUUACAUCUCAGGGGACACACUAAUGGUGGAUGAAUUGUCCGAGAUCCCCAAGCUAUACGCAAACCAAAAGAUCGACUUGAUGCUCGCUCAUCUCGGUGGUCCAACCAUUCCUUCUCCCUUAGUAGGACGACUCAUGGAGCCAUUAGCGUUGACACUCACUAUGGAUGCAGAGCAGGGCCUGCAACUGAUUCAGCUGAUGCAGCCAGAAGUGACAAUCCCGAUCCACUAUGAUGACUAUGACGUGUUUGCCAGUCCACUAGACGAUUUCAGGCGCAUGGUCGAGGCGGCGGGACUUUUGGACAAAGUCAUAUUUUUGGAUCGAGGGGAUUCAUAUCGGUUUCGUGUUAAGGGUUAA